AUCACUCGGUACUUUGAAGAAAUCCUUGGUCAAGACCCAGAAUUGCUUCCGACCGUAAACGUAUCUGCUAUUGCAAAAGAUGCCGACCAACACGAGAUAUUAUUGGUCUGCCAAAUGAUUAUCGCAAUUGCAGUCCAAUCAGACAAUAACCGGAUCUACAUUGACAUGAUCCAGAGUCUGACCCAAAAGAGUCAACACUGUCUGAUGGUUUCGAUUGAGCAAGUCAUGAGUCAUUUUAAUAAUGACUAUGAACCUUCACCAAUGAACAGCAACAACAAUAGACUUUCUCAGGUGUCAUCUAUUUCGAAUACAAAGAGCUUGAUCGACAUUGAUAUGCCUUAUCGGUACCAGCUUGAAUUUGAAAAGAUAUUGGAUGAAAAGAAACAAUACGAGACAUCUCAUACUCAACUCUUGACUGAAUAUGAAAACGAUGUAAUUGGUGAAAAAGAGGAUUUAAAGACUAGGUUACGCGACAUGGAUGAGGCGAUUACACAAGCCAAUAGUACAGGAAAAGCUGACUUUGUUAUGAGAACAGAAAUCGAUCACCUGAAGCAAGAUUUGGAGAGGAGUGAAGACAAACGCCAUGAGACAGAGACCUUGUUGGAAAGCCAUAUGUCUGCUAUUCAUGAAUUAAAGAAAAAAGUCGAUGAACUGACAGUCCAAGCAGAAGAGGCAUCAGGAUUGAGAGAACAGCUGGAAGAGUAUCGUCACACUACAGAACGCAUGCAGAAGUUGGAAAAUACACUUGAAAAAUACAAGCGGAAAGUGGAAGAGACUUCAGAGCUGAAACGACAGAUCAAAGCACUUGAAGAUCAAAAUACUAGUCUAUUGGAACGUAGUCAUCAAGUAGAAGAUGAGUACAGGAAAGUACUGGCUUUCAAAACCUUGAUGGAUUCGUACAAAGAACAAGUCCAGCAUCUCGAGCUAGGUAACCGAGAAAUCCUCAAAGAAAGAGACCGGCUAGACGCAGAAUUACGUGGUAUGGCAGAAACCUGUGCCUAUCUUGAGAGCGACCGUGAUCGCAAUGCAGAACAGGUCCAGAUGUUGGAAGAGCACAUCAAAGAGUAUGAAUUGGGUGUCGGUAAG